CCGCCAGAAAAUUUUUCUCCUGUUAUUGGCAAAAUUUACAGAUCAUCAUUUCCACGGAUCGAAAACUUUGAUUUUUUGAAAAAAUUAAAUCUCAAAUCAAUCUUGGUUUUAAUCCCAGAGAUAUAUCCAAUGGAAAAUCUAGUCUUUCUAAAUAAUCAAAACAUCAAUUUUUUUCAAAUUGGUAUGCCUGGAAACAAAGAACCUUUUGUCAAUAUUGAACAAGAUAUUAUAACCAAGGCCUUGGAGAUUGCUAUCAAUCCAGAUAACCACCCUUUGUUGAUCCAUUGUAAUAGAGGAAAACAUAGAACUGGUUGCUUGGUUGGUUGCAUAAGGAGACUACAAAAAUGGAGCCUCACAAUGAUCUUUGACGAGUAUAGAAGAUUUGCUGCUCCAAAAGUGAGACCUCUCGACCAGCAGUUUAUCGAGUUAUACAAUGAGAAUAAAAUCGUUUUGAUUGCAAAACAAAACAACUGGUUGCCUUUGGCUUGGUGA